AUGUCGCGUCUCGCCGCGCCCAAGGCGUGGAUGCUUGACAAGCUCGGCGGUGCUUACGCCCCCAAGCCUUCGCCUGGUCCCCACAAGCAGCGCGAGUGCUUGCCGCUCUCGAUCUUCAUCCGCAACCGCUUGAAGUACGCCCUCACCGGCCGCGAGGUUACCCUCGUCGUCAAGCAGCGCCUCAUCAAGGUCGACAACAAGGUCCGCACCGACGAGACCUACCCCGCUGGCUUCAUGGACGUCAUCUCGAUCGAGAAGUCGGGCGAGCACUUCCGCCUUCUCUACGACGUCAAGGGCCGCUUCGCCAUCCACCGCAUCUCGGAGGAGGAGGCGUCGUACAAGCUCCUCAAGGUCAAGAAGGUCCAGCUCGGCGCCAAGGGCGUCCCCUUCAUUGUCACCCACGACGGACGCACCAUCCGCUACCCCGACCCCGCCAUCAAGGUCAACGACACCGUCAAGUUCGACCUCGUCGAGAACAAGAUCGUCGACCACAUUAAGUUCGAGCAGGGCAACCUCUGCAUGCUCACUGGCGGUCGUAACCAGGGCCGCGUUGGCCAGAUCGUCCACCGCGAGCGCCACCAGGGCGGCUACGACAUCGUCCACGUCCGCGACGUCCUCGACCGCGAGUUCGCGACCCGUCUCUCGAACGUCUUCGUCAUCGGCGCCGGUGCCAAGGCUCUCGUCUCUCUCCCGAAGGGCAAGGGCGUCAAGCUCAGUAUCAGUGACCAGCGUGACCAGCGCAGGCAGCGUUUGGAGAAGCAGCGCGCUUAG